GACACUCAGAUUGGAACUGGCAUUAGCGAGUUCCUGAAGCGCGGAGUGGCGCAGGCCGCCCAGAAGCCCGUCAAAGAGCGGCCAGAGAUGUUACCGUCCAAAGACGGCGGCUUCAUCGCAACAAUUCAGCAAGGCUUUCAAGGUAUUUUUGGUCAUCUAGCCAGCUCCAAGGAGGAGGUUCUGAAGAUGAGGGGUCCCAUGUCUGCCUUGGAGUACGAGGCAGUUCCUGGCGAUGACAUCGAUCAGCAAGUGCAGCAUUUUGCCAGGCAGAUUCCAGAGCACUUGGGCGAGUGGCUGAAGAUCUACCGCAAAACUCGCGGAGAGUAUGAGGUCAGCGACGAGGUGGUUCGCAUGGCGUGGCAGUCCACCGUGGCAAAGCCCACGCCGCAGCAUCCCGAGGGGCAGAUCAUCCGUGAGGUGUUCGUCUAUGGGGACAACGCGACAGAAGAUCCUGCUCCUGGAGAGCCUUUGCAUUUGUUUCUCAGGCAUUCGGCGAAUGUGGCCUAUGACCUUCACUUUGGCAGCGCAAUGAUGAAGGUCCCGGAGGGAAGCCGGCUAUCUUUUGCUGAGGAAACUGGGACUCUCCUGAAAGACAGCGACGCCGACUCCAAAUACAAGGCGAUGCUCCUUGCUUCCGAACAGGCGCAGAAGCGCGAGGAAGCUGCCUUGGAGUUCAGGAGGAGGAUGGAUGACGAAGCCGAUGAACGCCAACCAUCCGCAGUCAGCCGGAUGGUCAGCGCGCCCCCUGAGCCGCCACGGAAGGAGGCGCCGCCGCCCAGGAACCCACGAGCGGCGGCGGACAAGCCCAUCCUCACGCCCCCACGGGGCUUCGACGGUAUCCUGGACGUGGGACCUCUUCCGGGUCUGCCACCGCUACCUCCGCUGCUCCCUCCGGAGCUGCCCGGCCCCGGUGGCAGCUUCCUGCUUCCGCCUGGAGCGGAGUUGGACGGCAAGAGCUUCCUGAUCCCGCCGAAGGCGGGCUAUGGCUAUGGCUUCGGGGGUGCCAUGACGUCUGCAGGACCAUCCUUCCUCAGCAGCCCCUUUGCAACUCCUGGCAGCUCGACAAACGUCCCGGCCGGCACAGGGCCCGCUGGCAGCUUCAUGGGAGUCGGCCUUGGCGCGCCAGCACAUGGAAGCUUCUACGGGGCUGGCCUCCCGCCCAACGGGGGCAGCUUUCUGGGGAUUGGCGGCAGCUUCCUGAUGACCAACGGGAUGCAGACCUCCAUGGGUUCGUUGCCCCGAACAGGCAGCAAUGUGCAAGUAGGCCUGCCCCCUCUCACUGCGCCUUUGGUUCGUUAA